UUCACAGGAAAGCGCUGAUACAUUUGGACGUUCAGUAUCCUUCCGUCUUCCGUCUAUCUGUCUUUCUCUUUCUCUUUCUCUUUCUCUUUCUCUUUCUCUUUCUCUUUCUCUUUCUCUCCCUUCCUUUUUCUUUUUUCUCCACUUUUUUAAUCUUUGUUCUUCUUUUUAUGUUCUCGUACAAACCUCUCUUCAUGAACAAGUUUUUUGUUGUUCAUGAGAAAUAAGAAAGAAAAAGAGAAGAAGAUAAUCGAAAAGUUGAGAAAAACAUUGUGUUAUCUCUCUCUGUUUUUUAAUCUAUCGUGACAAUAGAACGACGUUUAAAAAAAAAAGCAGAAGAGGAUCAGAGUGAUAUUCGUACAAAAGGAUAUAUUUAAUGACUUCAGUAGUACAGCCCAAAGGUGAGGACGUGAAGUCUGCGGAUUCUGGACCAGCAGAUUUUGAACGUGCGAUAUGCUCAUCAGGUUAUGGAAAGUUCAAUUAUUUAUUACUGCUGGCUGUACUGCCGGCCAGUUGUGCCAGCAUAUUUUCAUCUUCGUCGACAGCCUAUGUUCUACCGUCAGCCGAAUGUGAUCUUGAACUCACCAUGUUUGACAAGGGCCUGCUCAAUUCCAUGUCCUUUGCAGGUAUGAUCAGUACUAACUUUCUAUGGGGAUUCAUGGCUGACACGUUUGGACGCAAAAGGAUAAUGUUUUACGGAUAUAUGCUCACCGGUUUUAUCACAUUGGCUACGUGUUUCUCGCACACAUCUUGGCUAUUAAUACUUAUCAAAUUUUUCGAAGGAUCGAUCAUAUCUGGUCCUUAUGCAGCGUUGAUGUCUUAUCUGGCGGAAGUACACGAUGAGAAUCAUCGUUCACGUACUUACAUGUGGUUGGGUGUUUUUUUCUCACUUGGAAACAUUUCCUUGCCGUGUAUAGCAUGGCUAAUUAUACCACAAAAAUGGAAUUGGAGUCUCUUAAAUGGCUUAAUUGAAAUUAAAUCCUGGAGAGUUUUUUUGGCAAUUUGCUCUUUUCCAGCUUUUUUGGCAUGUAUAACAAUUUUUUUCUUUCCUGAAAGUCCACGAUUUCUUCUAUUGAAAGGUCGUCGUGAAGAAGCUCUCGCAAUCUUUCAGAAAAUAUAUUCAGUCAACACUGGAAAGCCAGCAGAUACUUAUCUGAUAAAGGACUUAGAGGACGAAUACUCCAUAAAAUUACCGGGUGAUAAAUGGAAAGAGAAAAUACUGUCAUCUUGGAAACAAAUCAAGCCAUUAUUUUUACCUCCAAACGUGUUUAAUCUCGUAGUUAUAUCUUUGAUUCAACUUGGAGCAACGAUAGGAUCGAAUUCUUUGAGAUUAUGGAUGCCACAAUUAUUUUCUCUGAUAGAAAGUUACAAAGUCAAUCACGUACUAAAAGAUCAAAUGGGUUCUCAACCAUCCUUCUGUUACAUGUUGAACAGUCCAGAAAAGAGUAAUGAUAAUGUUACAGUAAUUGUGAACUCUACUGCCGAGGCCGUCGUCGCGUGUGUUUCGACAGAACUAAAUUCGACAGUCUUCGUUAAUUCUAUAGUCAUCGCUCUUACUGGUGUCAUUGGCUACACUUUGGCUGGCACGUUGAUAACUGUCGUUGGGAAGAAAAAAUUAAUGGCAAUAUGUUUCCUCGUGGCAGCAUCUUGUUGCGGAUCUCUUUAUUGGGCGGAUGAUACAAAUGGAAUAUUGGGAUUAUCAUCUGUAUUUGUAGCAAUGUCGAGUAUCGGUGGUGCCACAGUAGUUAAUAUCAUCGUCGACAAUUUUCCAACUUGUCUUAGAACUAUGGCAGUUAGUACAGCCAUGACGAUGGGAAGAUGUGGUGCAGUGAUUGGCAAUCUUUUGUUCCCAGUUCUAUUUGGACUGUCUUGUUUAGGACCAUUCAUUAUGAUUGGUUCGGCUUGUUUGUUCGCUGCUGCAUUGGUCAUCCUAUUACCUCAAAAACCUUCGACAAACAAAAAACCAAAGGAAAUCGUUUAAAAUUUAUAGGAGUAAUUUUCAAUCUCGUAUUAUCUAAUCGAUCCAUUGCACAAUCUACAAUCGAUAAAUAUAUUUAUGUAAAUAUAUAUUAGGCAUAAAAUCAACUUUUUUUUUCGCAGACAAGGUCGACAUUAUCGAUCACUUGUCUUUACUUUCAUUAUGUAAAUACGUACACUCAUCUUAAUCAGCCGCUAAGUAAACUCUUUAUUCAGUCGUACCUAUUCUUAGGUGAAUGUA